GGUUGUUCGUAUUCCUGUUUGAACCUCUGCCUGUUUUCCUGGACCUUCGAACCUUUGCUGCCUGAAACCGACCUCUGCCUGAAACUCGACUACGCUUUUGUUUGAUCCUUUGGUACCUCGCUUCUCUGACUUCUGGAACUGACCUUGCCUGAACUUGACUACCUUCUUGCCUGAUCCCUUGUACUACGCCUUGGUAACACGCUUGGCUCCUUUGCCGUCUCCACCGCAGAAAGCCCGGGGCCCCAAAAGGGCGUCAGUGAAGACCGGAGCCGUAGAGGAGUUCCCGUUACCACCAGUCCUCCGUGGACCAGCCAUCUUCCUACGGGAUCCCAGGUACCUCUUCCAAUACUUAUGUGAAUGCCAAUAUUAAUAUGGACACAUUUCCUUCUGACGUCAGCAAAAGAGGCAACCAUGUCUAAACUUAUUCUUUCAUACCGUAUUGGACUGGGGCUGGUUGUUGGAGCAGCUGCCGGGGCCGUGAUAUACAUUGUGUUUCGGCGGAACAGAAAGAAAACCAGGAAAUGGACUUCGAAACAGAAUGGGUACUAUUCACAAAAGGGCGAUGAAUUGGACACUUCAAAUAACUUACAAGCCAUUCCAGGAGAGGCCGAUAUCCUUACUGGGUCACGUGGAGAGCAGCUGGAUUUGCUGAACCGCUUGGAUUAUGUUCUUAGUAGCAUUGUUGAGUUGCGCCAGGAAGUUGAAACCCUCAGGAGCAGUCUCCACGGGCUAGCUGAGGACAUUGUUGGAGAAGUGAGAACACACCUGGAGGAAAACCAAAGGACUCUGCGUCGGCGGAGAUUCCUGCCCCACAGAGAGAGGACGGAUUCUACAGGGUCCAGCUCCAUUUAUUUCACAGCUACCUCUGGUGCAGCACACACGGAUGCAGAGAGUGAAGGAGGCUACAGUACUGCAUACGCUGAAUCAGAUUUUGAGCGUGAAAGCAGCAGAGCAAGUGAGGCAGAGGAAGAGGAUGAAGUAAGCUGUGAGACUAUACGGACCAUGCGCAGGGACUCGGUGGACCUGGUCACAGAUGAUGAUGAUGAUGAUGAAGCCACAACCAUCGCCACUGACCCUGUAGAUGAGGAGCUGACACUAUUGCUACAGAAAUCUGAUGAACUACAUUCUGGAAGCACUGAGCAGCAAAGGGAAGGAUUCCAACUCUUGCUUAAUAAUAAAUUGCUGUAUGGAGACCAUCAAGAGUUUCUUUGGCGUUUGGCACGGUCAUACAGCGAUAUGUGCACCAUUGCAGAAGAUGCGCAAGAAAAGAAAUCCUUCGCCAGUGAAGGGAAAGAAGAGGCAGAAGCUGCUCUUCAGAAAGGAGACCAAAAUGCUGAAUGCCACAAAUGGUUUGCCAUCCUUUGUGGGCAACUGUCAGAGCAUGAAGGUAUCCAGAAGCGCAUUCAGACAGGUUAUCUGUUUAAGGAACACAUUGAAAAGGCUAUUUCUCUAAAACCAGGUGAUGCAAGAUGUUACUACCUGCUUGGUCGCUGGUGUUAUGAGGUCUCUAACCUUGGCUGGCUGGAGAGGAAGACUGCUUCAGCCCUGUAUGAAAAUCCUCCCACAGCUACUGUCCACGAGGCUCUUCAGAACUUCCUGAAAGCUGAAGAUCUAACGCCAGGGUUUUCCAAAGCAGCAAGAGUUCUCAUUGCAAAGUGUUACAAAGACCUGGGGAAUAAUGCGACUGCUGCCCAUUGGCUGAAGCUCGCAGCAGAUCUUCCCAAUGUCACCCAGGAAGACAGAGAAAGCACCACUACCAUUGAGGAGAUGCUGCCAGCAACUGCUGAAGAGGAGCUGCUCGUGUGAUUCCAUCGGAACAGGCUGAUUUUACAUAGACGUAGAAGCCUUAAGAGAUUGGGGCUCGUUUAUCAACACUGGACAAUAACCCAUAGCAACCAAUCAUCAAUUACGUUUUUCUCAGCCAGCUACAAGUAGAACAGUGAAAGCAAAACUCUGAUUGGUUGCUAUGGCAUACUGACCAGGUGCAAAUCUGUCCAGUGUUGAUAAGUAGGCCCCAAUUACCUUGCUUGCCACCCAACCUGCAGCCAAGCAGUAUAAACUCCCACAAUCCCUUAUAGUAGAAUCCUAGAAGUUCUAGUUCAGCAACAGCUAGAAAGGCUGCAGUUUGGUCAGUUUUGCUUUGUUGGACAGUGAAACCUUCCUAUAAGAUACACUUAAUUGCUUUUCCCUCUGAUCCCCAUUUCUCUGCCUUACACUGGGGUGAUUAACGUAGUAAUAAUAAUGAAAACAUUUCCCCCUGUAUUUAUUUGUUAUGCAUUUUCAUUGGUGCAUCUUGAGGUUGAACAGAAGUGCAAAGAAUUGGGCAGGUCCAUGCUAGCCAUGGUUUGGGUAUUUUAAUGAACUAAUUCCAUAGCUUCAGUCUAUUCCACUUUUAACUUCACAAUUCUAUUUUUGUAUUUUACAUAUUGAUAAAAUAAGCUAAAAGAGGUAA